AUGCCGUCACUUCUCGAGAUGUUGACCUCCACCGAGACGUGGACCCCCACACCGAGACGCCGACCCCCCCACCGAGACGUCAUCCCCCACCGAGACGUCGACCCCCCAUCCCGAGACGCCGACCCCCCCACCGAGAUUCGUCCCCCACCGAGACGUCGUCCCCCACCGAGACGUCGACCCCCACCGAGACGUCGACCUCCAUCGAGACGUCGACCCCCCCUCCCGAGACGUCGACCCCCCCUCCCGAGACGUCGACCCUCCCCCCACCGAGACGUCGACCCCCCCUCCCGAGACGUCGACCCUCCCCCCACCGAGACGUCGACCCCCACCGAGACGUCGACCCCCACCGAGACGUCGACACCCGCCGAGACGUCGACACCCGCCGAGACGUCGACACCCGCCGUGACGUCGACACCCACCGUGACGUCGACACCCGCCGAGACGUCGACACCCGCCGUGACGUCGACACCCGCCGUGACGUCGACACCCGCCGAGACGUCGACACCCGCCGAGACGUCGACACCCACCGAGACGUCGACACCCACCGAGACGUCGACACCCACCGAGACGUCGACACCCACCGAGACGUCGACACCCACCUAG